GGACACAAUUCCAUUCGGAUCGGAGCGUCAUCUUAUUUCUUACUCAGCAAUGUCGCAUGAAUUUGUCCAAAAUUCUAGUCGGGCCAUCCCACUUGGCUGACCCCACCAAUAUUGGGCACGUAGUCAAAUAAUUAUUAUCUCAUCACUCACUCUCGUUAAAUAAUUGACCAGAAUAAGAUCUUACUUUUCCUAACCCGAGUUUUGAUGGAAAUAUAUCCUCGCUAUCUUGCUCUCCGGUUCUUUCGCUCUCACACGUUGUCUCGUCCGAUUCUACGUCCGACUGGACUCAAGAACUCUACAAUCUCGGUGCAUCGUUCACUCACACGUGUUUGUCCCGCUACAGGCCAUUCCCCCAGCAUAUAUCCCAUAUUUCCACAAUUCUUGAAUAUAUCUAGAGGGAAUUUUUCGAGCAUAUCUAAGCAGCAAUAUUCGAACCCAAUGGCUUCCAACAAUCCAGCUGUUCCCGGCCAAUCUGCGGCCUCCUCAAAUCCGACAGUUCCAGCCACCGAAAAUGCUACUCCUCAUACCUAUGACUACGCAAACCUUUCCCCAGUAGAGGCCUCAAAGCGUCGAGCAGCAUACAGAGCAGUGGAGGAUCACUUCGACCCUUCUUACAAAUAUGUCGGGAUUGGAUCGGGUAGUACUGUCGUUUACGUAGUGGAGGCUAUCGCUGCCAAAGGUCGAGAUAUCACUUCCAAGAUGAUCUUUGUUCCUACUGGCGAUCAAAGUAAACAAUUGAUUAUUGAAGCGGGUCUGCCUUUAGGAAGCAUUGAUUCUUUGCCUCCAGUAGUUGCUGAGCCUCUUCAUUUGAGUGGAGAUGCUGCUUUUGAUGUUUCUACGGGUCUGCAAGAUCUAGGUUUAAAGGGAAAGCGUGAAAGUCUUGAUGUUGCAUUUGAUGGAGCAGACGAAAUUGACGAAGAUCUCAACUGUAUAAAAGGAGGUGGAGCUUGUCUUUUCCAAGAAAAGUUGGUCGCAACUUCUUCCAAGAAGUUUGUAUGUGUAGCAGAUUACCGAAAGCUCCAACCCCGUCUUCUCACUUCCUGGAAGGCUAUUCCAAUCGAGAUUGCACCAUUGGCCGCUCCAACCAUUAAAAGAAUUCUAAUUACUCUUGGCUCUCCGGACCCAAAAAUCAGACAAGGUGGAAGUGCGAAAGCUGGGCCUGUAGUUACAGAUAACGGCAUGUGGAUCAUCGAUGCGCCUUUCCCAAAACUUUUGAUUCAUUCAGAUUUGAAGGGCAAUGAUAAGGGGGAUGGAGAAAACGGCACUUGGGAGGUACACAACCUUGGAAGAAGAUUGAAGAGAAUAGUAGGCGUACUGGAGACUGGCCUUUUCCAUGGUAGAAACGGCGCCCAGGUUGCCAAUGCUGGAGAAGAGGGUGGUGGACAGAAGCCAGUGGCUGCGUAUUUCGGCAUGGAAGAUGGAAAUGUUGAGGUUCGCACUGCUACAGAACAUGGGGUUAAGUCGAGACCUUAGGUUUCUUUGUCGAUCUUUGAGGAGAAGUGGAGCAAAGAGCUUUAACAUUAUAAACAAUACUGAUAUAGGUGGUUAGCGAGCUAUUCCCUUGAUUAAUUGAUAUUUUACCUUCACAUUCGCCCCCCCCCCCCUUUUUUUUUAGAUAUCAGGCGAUCGCGGGAUUCUGGUUUUGGUUUGCUUCGGCAGACAUGACUUACGUUUUAUUCAAGUAGAAUGGCAAUUGUUUACAUCUUGUCAAAAUGGAUUUCGAAUUAUAUCA